UCAAUGUUCAAUACACUUGGGAAUAAGAGACUUCACUUCUGAACUCCCUGAACUUGUAUUAUUAUUAUUAUUAUCUCUUAUUACCAGGUGCUCAUGGAAAUGGUGAAAAUGAUGAUACUAGCACUGACCAUGAUGAUGAUGCCAUUAUGUUCACUUGCUGUGGACAUUCAUCUAGUGAGGCAACUAGCAGCUAAGUAUAACGUGAGUUGCAUCCUUGUUUUUGGUGAUUCAAGUGUUGAUUCUGGAAACAACAAUGCCCUUCACACCACUAUGAAAAGCAAUUUUCUUCCUUAUGGCAAAGACUUCUUUAACAGCCAACCAACAGGAAGGUUUAGUAAUGGAAGACUUACCACUGACUUCAUUGCUGAAGCAGUGGGGUACAGAAAAGUGAUUCCACCUUUUCUUGACCCAAAUUUGAAGCCAGAAGAUCUGCCAUAUGGUGCUAGUUUUGCAUCAGCAGCCACAGGUUUUGAUGAUUACACUGCUGAAGUUUCGAAUGUUUUGUCUGCUUCAAAACAGCUGGAGUAUUUUGAGCAUUAUAAGAUCCACUUGAGAAAAUUGGUGGGAAAAGCAAGAGCAGAUUUCAUAACAAGAAAUGCAUUGUAUAUAAUGAGUAUGGGUACAAAUGACUUUCUGCAGAAUUAUUUCUUGGAACCAGCUCGCCCUAAGCAAUUCAGCUUGCAAGAAUUUGAGAAUUUCUUGAUCUCACGCUUCUCUAAGGACGUUCAGGCAAUCCAUAGACUGGGUGCGAAAAGGUUGGUGGUUGUAGGGGUCCCACCUCUGGGAUGCGUUCCACUUAUGAAGACAAUUUUGAACCAAGAAGAAGGAUGUGUUGAACGUUUGAACAAAGUAGCUUACCAAUUCAAUGCAAAAUUAUCACAACAAUUAGACAACUUAAAGACAAAUUUGGGCUUAAAGGCUACACUAAUUGAUGUUUUUGGUAUUAUCCAAAAUGCGGUGACCAAUCCUAAAAAAUACGGAUUUAUCGAAAGUUCAAAAGGAUGUGUUGGGACAGGGACAAUAGAAUAUGGAGAUUCAUGCAAAGGGGCAAGAACUUGUUCAAAUCCAGACAACUAUGUAUUCUGGGAUGCUGUUCAUCCAACCCAGAAGAUGUACAAGAUCAUUGCUGAUGAGGCCACUGAAUCUGUUGUUAAAGAAUUCUUUUGACAGCGCAGCCACUUGAAUGCAUGAUGCAUGUAUAUCAAAAUUUCUUUGUAUCACUAUCAGUAUGGAAAAAGGCCCCCCUACAUCAAAUAAACAACAGGAUUUGAAACUGCAGGUUGUACAAUAAUUGAUUACACAAUCAAAAUUUGUGUUUCUUUUGUUUCUACA